UCGUAGGUAAUCCUUGCCUGUCGUCUGCUGUGUUUACGCUGUACUUGGAGACCAUAAAGUAAUUUCGGAAAAUGUAAGCCACAAACACAGCUGUCAGCCACAAACACAUAAGGUAAGACAUAUAUCAGUAACAAUGAUGUCCAACAGCCAAAAUAAAAUCGGUCAAUAUGCAUUGUCUGUUGAGUUCUUAGCAAACAGCCAAAAUAAAUUCUCUCCAAUGUUUCAUCACACCUUUUCCAGUCUGGAUCUGCCACUACCGUAUCAGUCAAUUAGCUGUAGGUCAAUAAAAGUGGGCGUGUUUUAUAGCAUCGUGAAGUUUAUCCCCAUUUCUAGAGAUCACGCUACGCCUCUGAAAGCGGAGCUGGAAAGGCAUGCGCAUUUGCCGUUUGCAUCUGUACGCUGCAUGUAUAUCUAGGAUGCAUUUCUUUUAUCUAAUCCAGACUAGGCAAAUUACUAAUCCGGGUAAUAAUAUUAUAAUCUGUGUACGUAGUCCACCUACGCGCGUCCGGCGCCAACUGGAUUGCAAUUAGCAGAAUGAGUCGCUCGUUCUCGAAGCAAAGGAUUGCGAUGCAAAAGCGAUGAAUAGACAUGACGCACGCAGCUAGAAACUUUGUGUGGUACAUUAUGUUGGUCGACCUUCCUAGAUAACUAGGAGCAUACUUCUGACCUAUUAGCUAAGAUGGGCGUGACAGUGCAGACGUCAUUGUCCCGUGUAUACAGCCCGGUUCGCUUUGGAUAUCUUGUCGUCUACUAACGGCGUAAACUAGCACGAAAGUGGAAUCGUCUCGUUUCGAAAUAUCUAUUCUGCUUACAGCAAUACAGGGAAUCAAGUGAGGACUCACUAGGACCCUGAGGUGAGUGUUUGUCAGCAUCAAACACAUUGUGACAACCGUUUUCUGAUCUCUGUUGUAACUCUGUCGUGUUCUUUCAAGUGAUGAGAUCAUGAAUGUAGAAAUAAGUCUGUGUACGUAUGUGUACGCGGGUUAGGACUUGUCAAACUGCAGACCUUGUGUAGUAGACAAGUCAGAGAAGCCCUCCUAUUGCGUGGGCGCUGUGCACUAUUUUAUUAAUUUUUACUUUUUAUUUUCUUUCUGUCCAGGAUUCUGUCUGUCUGCUUCAGAUAUCAGGUAGAAGUUAGAGGUGAUAAUUUAGUUGUUUAUGGGCUGGGUGACUGCAAAUAUUUACAAGCGUAUUUCAGAUCGAAAGCCGUGCUGGUUGCAGUGAGAGUGUUUUUCGAUCGAGAUCAAGUGUGGUUGGAGUUGCUAUUAUGGUUGUUUGCUGUCUUCCCGGGUGUUCCAAUGUGUUUGUGAAGGGAAGGAAAUCUCUGAAGUUUUUCAGAUUUCCUUCUGAUCAGGAGCUACGUCAGAAAUGGCUGAACGAGUUAUGUCUCGAUUCUGUCUCACCAAAUGCCAGAAUAUGUUCGAGACAUUUUCCUGUUGGAACUAAGUCACAAGUUGGUGUAAUACCAACUAUAUCAAAGUCACAUCAUAUCAAGAAGAAAGCAGCUGUUUCUGCUUCUUCCAUAAAGCGAUCCCGGGUGAAAGUUACUGCUACAUGGUUCCCACCAGAACACUUUUCUUCACCGAAGAGUGGUUCUCCUACAAACAUGUCUUCUGGACAGAAGAGCUUCAGGCGUAAAGCCUCAACUCCCAAGAAACUCAGCAAAGCAUGCAGGAGGAGUCUAAAUGGUACAAUUCCAGUAAGAAAAGAAGAGCAAGUUGAAGAUGAGAACUUUGAAGAUGACUUGAGAAGGAGAUUGGGUGGUUUACCUGGAAGGACUGAUAAUGACCUGUAUGCAACAUCUUGUAAUUUCUUGUCUUGUACACGACAUUUACGAAAGGGCAAUAUUGAAGAUAUUGUACAGAAGAUCAGAGAAAGGAAGAACUAGGGUGAGACAAUUGACAUAUAGAACAUUGCUAAUUCGAUAAUACAGACUAAAUAUAUUCUAGUUAUUGAUUUGUUGUAUUUCUGCUGACCUUACUAAAUUGAAACAAAAUAGAACUUGACUAUGUAUGGUAUUGCCGUAUCACUCUGAAACAAUUUUUGUGUCAAGUUAAUUUAACUUUGGUAGAAAAUGCUAGUUUCUGCUGAGUAACAACACGUGUGAAACCACGUGGU